AUGGCUAGUAUUGAGAAGGGCGCUUCGUUCAAGGAUGAGAUGAAUGGCGACUCUUCCAAUGACCAUGUCGGCGGUCCAAAUCCAGUUAAAUGGUAUCGCUCCACAUUCUACAAUGCCCUGGUUCUCGGGAUAUGCAACUUCCUCGCGCCGGGAAUCUGGGGCGCCAUGAAUUCGUUGGGUGGUGGCGGCGAAGAGAAGCCCUAUCUUGUCAACGCCGCGAAUGCCCUGACAUUCUGCCUCAUGGUGGUAUCAUGCUUUCUUUCAAGUGUGAUCGUGCGACUGAUCGGCAUCAAAUGGACCUUGAUCGUGGGCACCAUGGGAUAUGCUCCAUACGCAGCGGGACUCUACACCAACAACCGGUUUGGCGACGAAUGGCUUGUGAUACUCGGCGCUGCCUUAUGCGGUGCGUCCGCAGGUAUUUUUUGGAUGGCUGAAGCGGCCAUCGCGUUGGCGUAUCCAGAGCCAUACAACCAAGGCCGCUUCUUGGGUUUCUGGCUGGGCUUCCGCGUGGGUGGCCAAAUCUUGGGGGGCGCGAUUAAUUUGGGAAUAAAUGUGAAUCGCUCGACCUCGGGCAGUGUGUCAUACACCGUUUAUCUCAUCUUUAUUGCCCUCCAAGCGCUUGGUCCCUUUGCAGGACUGCUUCUGAACGAACCAUCGCAGGUCCAGAGAAAGGAUGGAUUUCCCGUCAAAUUGCAAGUGUCCAACAGCAUCGGUUAUGAGCUGAAGACCACCGCGAAGCUUUUCGUCAGCCGCAAAUUCCGAUUAAUCAUUCCAUUUAUCUGCCAAGCAGUCUACACGGAAGCAGUCAUGUUUUCCUACGAGAGUUUAUGGUUCUCUGUGCGGGCCCGAGCGCUGGGUUCGUUCCUAUCAGGGGUCGUUGCAUUGAUUGCAGGUAAUUUACUCGGCAUGUUUCUCGACAAAAAGUCGAUCUCAUUGAAGACACGAACUCGCUCUGCAUUUUUCUUCGUUGUGUCAUGGCAAGGUCUCUGUUGGACGUGGGCUUCUGUCGUGACUACAGAAUUCCAGAAGACAAACCCUGUGUACGAUUGGAGUGAUCCUGAGUUUGGACGGGCUUUUACCCUGUUUCUUUUCUGGGUGGCUGGGUUCCAGCUUAACUACAUGUAUCUCUUUUUCUUGGUCGGCAACUUGGCUGAUGACCAUGAGGAAGUUAUCCGGAUCGCUGGUUUGCUGCGUGGUACCGAAUCCGCUGCCCAGGCCGUCAGUUAUGGUCUCAGCAGUGUUUCCGUUAUGGCAGCAGUUGGGAGCAUUUAUUUGAAUUUCGGACUAUGGGCCAUUGGCAUUCCUUUCGCGUGGCUCAUAGUUCGAGAAAUUGGGCAUAUCUAUGGCGAUAAGAAGGUGAAUAGAGAGACUAGUGCACUACGUGAUUCAUCUGAUCACGAAUGA